AUGAGGGGCGGCGGCGGCGGCGGCGGCGGGAUGAUGGACGAUGAAGAGAGGGUGGGCCACGCGGAGAUCCCGACUAGCUUCGGCCCGGAGCUGCGCGCCUGCCUCCGAUGCCGCCUCGUCAAGACCUACGACCAGUUCAGGCAGAAUGGCUGCGAGAACUGCCCGUUCCUGGAGAUGGACAGGGAGCAUGACAACGUCGUCAACUGCACCACACCCAACUUCACCGGAAUUAUCUCUCUGAUGGACCCCAGUAGGAGUUGGGCAGCUCGUUGGUUGAGAAUUGGUAGGUUUAUUCCGGGGUGCUAUACACUUGCAGUCUCGGAGGAGCUUCCAGAAGAGUACCAGGGGAUUUGUCAAGAAAACAACGUGCAGUAUGUGCCGCCCAAGCGUGUGUAA